GUACUCGCACGCCGCCGUUAUAGUUUGUUUUGUGUUACGACCUCGUCUCACGAAUUUCUUUUCGUCGCCGCAUUUACGUGUUUUUUCCGCGCGCGUUUAAUACCGCACAAUACAUCGGCGUAUCGAUAUAAUUUUUUUCCGUGUGUGCGAUUUUUUCAUUUUUAUAUAUACACGUAUUGCGGUAAAAUUCGUUUUUCUUUGGUUUUAAAAUUCCUAUCGUUAUUAAAAUUUUUUAUAUAUCGUCUUUUCCGAAUAAGCGCGGGAGAUAGCCGUGUCAGUAUAGUAUAAUAUACCUACUGGGAAGUGAAAAUUAUUACCUCGUUUUCGGCAUAGGCGUCCGUGCAGGAUAAUGUUCGAGCCAGUGUCGGCGGUCGGACCCCGCGCAAAUUUCCAGCAGAUCACUUAACGCGAAAGCGGCGACUGCGUAUAGGGAAACACACACACAGGACACCCCACGAAUUUGCAGGCUCCUCCGACUCAGAUCGCGAUCCAGUUGUCGCAGACGAUACCGAACGGCAACAAACACUACAACCACCAUCACCACCAACCACGCACUGCAAUACAUGGCGACCGAACGACAGCAGACGUCGACGGUUCGACAGGCGUUCGCGGUCGGCCGGUGGGUCGUGGCCGCGGUGCUUUGUCUGGCGGUCGCGGCGUACGCGUGGCACGCGUACUCGGUCUUGGAGCGUCGCGUGGACACGCUGGAGGCUGCCGUGGCGAAGAUGCAGCAGCAGCUGUCGGUAGAACACUCGUUUUCGGGCUCAAUAAUGAGUAUCGAUCUGCCGCCCAGGAACAAGCGGGACGCGACGUCCGGACAGUGCCUAUGCCCUCCCGGGCCUCCCGGCAAACGGGGCAAGCGAGGGAAAAAAGGCGACACCGGCGAUCCAGGGCCAGCGGGCCCGGCAGGUCCGCCUGGGAAAAAUGGUUUUCCGGGCCCGAAAGGAAUGAGAGGGACCAGAGGCUCGAUGGGGCCCAUUGGACUGGACGGACCGAAAGGCGACGUCGGUCAUCCGGGUGACAAAGGACAGAAAGGUGAUUCCAGCGCACCAAACUUCGACAUAUAUGCCGCGGUUAAGGGAACCAGCAGUAAACGAUCUGUAACAACGCUGAGAGGAGGUACUCUUGGAUACGCAGAAAUCGUAGCCGUUAAGGGUCUACAAGAGCGUGGACAUAACAUAUCGGCGGAAAGCAUAGUCAUGGUUAAAGGUGAGCCGGGAGAGCCAGGACCGCCAGGACCAACUGGGGCACGAGGACCCGAAGGAGCAAUGGGGGUAGAAGGUAAACAAGGACCACCCGGCGCUCCAGGAUUGGUUGGACCAAAGGGCGACCGAGGAGAACAAGGGCUGCAGGGCACACCUGGUCUACCUGGACCAAUCGGUGAAAAGGGUCUUAGAGGCGACAAGGGUGAUCGAGGAUUGACGACGACGUUAAAAGGCGAUCAAUUCCCAACAGGCAUCAUCGAGGGUCCACCAGGACCACCGGGACCACCUGGAUUACCAGGUCACAACGGCACGGACGGUAUCUCGGAACCAGGUUUACCGGGACCCCAAGGACCUCCCGGCCUGCCAGGCACGUCAGGUCCUAAAGGUGAAAAAGGAGAUUAUGGAGACAUUGGACCUCCUGGUUUGAUGGGACCUCCAGGCUUACCAGGUCCCCCUGGAUAUCCAGGCCAAAAGGGUGACAAAGGUGACAAAGGCGAGUCGAAAUACAACAAUAAAAAGAUCAGAAGACGACAAUUCCAAGGCGACGGCGCUUUCGAAACGAUUAAUGAACCGCAAUUAGUGGGACCUCCCGGACCACCUGGACCGCCUGGAUUGCAAGGUCCUCCUGGUAUUAAAGGUGAACGAGGCAAAGACGGCGACAAAGGCGAAAUAGGUGAAAAAGGUUCCAAAGGCGAUCCCGGCCCGAUGGGUUUACCCGGCCCGAUGGGACCCAGAGGAGAUUCAGUCCAGGGAAAGACUGGCCCGACGGUACCUAAUGUCCAAAAUCCACCUAAAUGGCAGUGGGGCUAAAACAAUACAUCACAUAAUAAACACACACAAAAAACACACAUACACACACUUAAAAACAAAUUCGUAAUUUUUCAAUUUUAAUAAUAACUUAUAAUUUUUUUAGUUUUAUGUUAAAUUAAAACGAUUUUACAAAACAAUAUUUUUUUUCCGGACGCUAUGGAGAGUGGAAAAUGGUGAGAUGAAAAGAUGAUAAAAAUAAUAAUUAAACCAAAAAUCUAUUUAUAUUAAGUAUUAAAAUGUUCUUAAGUUAUCAUAUUAGUUCCGUAUCGAUCAUUUAUAUUAAAAAAUAAUUGACAUUAUCAUGUAUACGACAUACGUAGUUUAAGACAAAGGCAUUGUGCCGUCCAGGAAAUGAUUUCGGUCGGUUUCGCUAAUUGAUUUGUUAAAUGUGUUGAUCGCGUCACGGCAGUGGGUUUACUCGAUUUACCUAACCCCAACCUACCCGUCCACUAUUCAUACCAAAGUUUUUCUCCCUUAAAAUUCAUUUAAUAUCAUUAUAUAAUUAUAGUAAUAGACAGGUUCAUUUUUUUCCGUUAGUCCAUCCUACAUAAGGCGGUGUCCUGAUUGUGACUCCCCUAUGUAUUAUAUUCGAAAAAACAUAAUAAUAUUAUCGAUCGCUUAGAUUUAACCGAUAUUAUAAUAUUAUCAGAGUUCGUAGUUUUCCGGAUUCUAAUGUUAUCGCAACCGAUAUUGAAAAACAAAAAUCUUUAUGGUUAUUUUUUUCAGUGAAGUCCCAUUACAAUUUCGUUAAUUGUUUUUAACCCAGUUUCCUCCACCAUAACAUAAACAUUAUGAUUGAUGUCAUAUAGAUUUAAGUAAUUUGUAUUUUUUUUUUAUAUAACCUUGUAUAUACAAUUAUAAUAUAUUAUAUACAUACAAUAUUUUAUAUCAUAUAUAUAUAUAUAUAUAUACAUAAAUAUAUUGUAUACUUACUCUUCCACGAGAUGCUUUACGUAAAAAACGGAAAGUUUUUCGUUUGUACAUAAUUUAUAAGUAAUACAUAACUAUAUAAUAUACUCUUAAUGGUGUAUUAGGGUUCAGAAUACAUAAUAUCGUCUUUUGGAUGAGUAUUAAAACAAAAUUAAGGUGAAUAAUAUUAUUAAUGU